AUGGGGCUAAGCGUCCUUAUCUCGGCAUGCUCUGCCUGGGCUCUGGCAGCCGAGCCAGCAGAGUCGCCCAUCGAAUGGGUUGUGGGUGCCAGGGAUGCGGACUGCGAGACCGUCUGCUCCGGCUUGGACUCCGAGUGCGAUGAGGGUUCCUGGCCAAGCAGCCCCCAAGAUUGGGAAGCCGUAGCAAGCUCCACAUCAGGACUUCUUUGCCUGGCAUCAGCUCCGGGCGGCUGGCUGCACAACCCGUCCAUCUGCACAGAAGGAGGUCCAGCACCUGGCGUGUGCUUCUGGGACGGUGGGGGCGGCCCGCGCUGUCGUGGUGGGAUGGGGCAGUUCCCCUCCACGGUGGCCCGGCGAAUCUGUCCCUGCCGACGCAAGGAGGUCAAGGACGACAGUGCCGCUGCAGUCAUGUCCUUGCUGAAUGCUGCUGUCUUGACAUCCGCAUCCAAAGUGGGCGUCAAGGAGCCGCUCAAGAUGCCGGCAGAGGUGCAGAGCCUUUGCCCGAGCUGGAAUGGGGGCUGCAAGGCUAUGCCCCGGUGGAUCGAUUUUCUUUGGGCAUCCCGACACCGAGCCCGACAGCGAGGGACGGUUGUUGCCAAAGUGCAACUCAGACGAUGA